GUUUUACAUGCGGUUGCCUUGUUGCCUUGUUUUUUGUUCAGAGGUCCUCUUCUCUCUAACUUCUUCUUUCUGUUUUCUCAGAAAACAGAAGAAAAAGUCACGAAAUGGAAAACGGGAGAAACGGCGUCGUUCCGGCGAACACCCUUCUUCCUCCUCCUCCUCCGGCCAACAAAUACCAGCAACGCAUUGAGUUGGUGGAUUUGGGUGUAAUGGAAAGAAAAACGCAUCUCACCACGCGCACAGACAAAUCCAGAAUAAUCGGACUCCUCAUUGCGAGUGUUCUUCGACGCCGCCUCCUCCACCGCACUCUCAUCUCCGCCAUCUCCGCUUCCCUUCUUCUCCUCUUCGCCCUAUUCUCUCUCUUCAUUCCCUCCCCGACUCCGCCUCACACUCACCUUAAUGCCCAAGUUAGAUCACUCUUGGAAACGCAUCGGGAUUCCGUGUUUGGGGUUCCGGCGAGUGGAGGAAGUUGCAAACAUGAUUUAUGGAGUUCGACGCAGUCACGCCUUUUCUAUGGUUGCAGUAGCGCUGGUGACAAUUUCGCAAAGGCCAAUGUAAAAACUCAUCCAGAUAGAUAUUUGUUAAUUGCUACCAGUGGAGGUUUAAAUCAACAGAGAACAGGGAUAAUUGAUGCUGUCGUGGCUGCAUAUAUUUUGAAUGCUACACUUGUCGUUCCAGAGUUGGAUCAUGCAUCUUUCUGGAAAGACACCAGCAACUUUUCUGAACUGUUUGAUACAGACUGGUUCAUAACAUUUCUGCUGAAUGACGUGAGCGUUGUGAAACACCUUCCGAAUUUGGAAGGGAAAUUCGUGGCUCCAUAUACGCUGCGUGUUCCAAGGAAAUGCACCCCAAAGUGCUACAAGGAUCGGGUUUUACCCAAGCUGGUCAGGAAGCGGGCUGUUCGGCUAACUAAGUUUGACUAUAGACUUGCUAAUAGGUUGGAUGAAGAUCUACAAAAGCUUAGGUGCAGGGUUAAUUACCAUGCUCUCAAAUUUACGGAUUCCAUUCAGGAGAUGGGUCAUUUGUUGGUUGAGCGGAUGAAAAUGAAAAGCAAGCAUUUCAUUGCUCUACAUUUGAGGUUUGAAUCAGAUAUGCUUGCAUUCUCUGGUUGCUAUUAUGGCGGGGGAGAAAAAGAAAAAAAAGAACUUGGUGAAAUUAGGAAACGGUGGAAAAAUUUACACGCAAGCAAUCCUGAAAAAGUUCGAAGACAUGGAAGAUGUCCACUCACCCCAGAGGAAGUUGGUCUUAUGCUAAGAGCACUUGGUUUUGGAAGUGACGUUCACUUGUACGUGGCAUCUGGUGAAAUAUAUGGAGGUGAGAAAACGUUAGCUCCCCUCAAGGCUCUUUUUCCCAACUUCCAUUCAAAGGAGACCAUAGCUACCAAAGAGGAGUUGGCACAAUUUGUGUCAUUUUCUUCUCGCAUGGCUGCACUAGAUUUCGUAGUUUGUGACGACAGUGACGUUUUUGUUACAAACAACAACGGUAACAUGGCAAAAAUUUUAGCUGGAAGAAGGAGAUACUUUGGUCAUAAACCCACCAUCCGCCCAAAUGCAAAGAAGUUGAACAAGUUAUUCAUGAAGAAAAAUAAUAUGACCUGGGAGGAAUUUGCCUCUCGAGUUCGAACUUUCCAGGUAGGCUUUAUGGGAGAACCAAAUGAAUUAAGACCUGGCAGUGGUGAGUUUCACGAAAAUCCAUCAUCUUGCAUAUGUCAAAACUCAUCAUCUGAGUCGGGGGUAAAAACUGGGGGCAUUUCCUAUCCCCGAAAUCAAACACUUGAUAACUACGAAAUCAGGAAUAGAAAAAACUGGGCUGAAGAGCAGUUUACAGAGGAAGAGCUGGAGUGGUCCGAGGGAGAUUGUUUGCACUGUAAGAAACGGAAUAGGCUGAAUGCAAUUAAACUUGAUUCAAUUCCUCUUCUAAUGAGCACGGGCCAAUCUGAAUUGCAAGCAUUCUUCUCUGAUUAGACAAAGAUUAAAUUCCAUCUCUAACUCUGUUAUGCAGCACCUUGUCCCUGAUUUUUCAGUGACUGUGGUAUGCUUCCACACAUAACUUGAGACAUUUUUUCCAUGGAAGGAAUUGGAAAAUUAAUGUUUAGUACAUAUUCAGGUAUCGAACCACUUCAAAAAUGUAAACUGUAGCUAUUGUAUAGACUAUUUUUGAGUUUGAAGCUUCUGAACUGAAACUCACGAAGGCCUUCUUUUGUUUAGAUGUACAUUUGUCCCUACUUGAUGUUAGUGAUAAAACAAACAAAUCAUAGAAGAAUA